AUGUCAAAGUUCUUCCGGUCUUCCCAUGGUCAUCGUCUGGGAUCUGAUCAAUGCAAUUCGAACCGCACAGUUGCCUCGUAUCUCUCCAGCUGCAAUUUUGAGCCCGAUACUCGAAGACGAAGACACUCGCCUUCUUUGAGCCUGUCCAAACUGUCCGCCUGUAACUUCAAUUCGCGCAAAUCGGCGACUAACACCUCGCACGACUCAUCUGCUUGCCGCCAGAUCCGCGCUCUGAACGACCUCCAAUUUGAGGCGGCGGCCACUAUAGCCAAGAACAUGGGCAAGAAGCUCCUCUCGGGAGCAGAAGGCGGCCCAAGGCCGUUAAGAACCGCACCUGGCACUUCCGCAAGGCCCGAGUCUGCAGUCAAAGUCAAAAGAGAACUAGGAAAACUGUACCGUCUCAAGAGUGAUAUCCAGUCACGGGCUCGCUUUAUACUUGCGACAUUUGAGCCCAAAGUGCCAACUUCAUUUCAUGUGGUUCUUGAGUGGAUCUUGUGCAUUUGGCUCGGAAUGCUCCGUGGUCCCCGGAACGAUCAUUUCGAAUGGAAUACCCCAGGAACGGUGUCUUUGGUCAAAGAGAUCCGAAAGGAUAUCCACGAAAUUGCAGGCGUUGCCAAGGCACCUACCUGGCUUCCGUUGAAUGCUGCAUCACAGCUCAGACAGGGCUGCCCAUGUGGUCACCGACGUCUUACGUGGGAAGGGUGUGCCCGUACCUGGGUGUAA